ACAUAUACGCGGUGGGAAAGGGGAGUAUUCUUGCUCGGUCGCCGCGGGCUGAUCACCAUUGCUGCGGCACUGGCUGUGAGCGGAGCACCCAUUGCCCGCCAGAAAAAAAACUAUUAAAAAAAUAAUUAAAAAUAACGAUUUUCGAAAAGAGCGCGUAAUAGCGCCCUGUUGACUUUUUCGUGUGUUUUUCGUAGAAUUUUGAAACAAAAUGGAAAAUAUCCAAGUGGUGUUUUUGUUUUUCGCUGCUGUCAUAGCUUCGAGCUCAUCCAGCACAGGUCGGUUCGGAGGACCAUGCUCCAAGCAGGACCCCAACGUGGACAUCUGUCUGCUGCACAGCUUCAACUCCCUGGCAGAGUACCUGAAGGGAGGAGCACCAGAUUUCGGCAUUGAGGAGGCGGAACCCAUAGUCAUCGACGAGCUGUCGAUCGCGCUGGGCGGCGGGCCGGACGGGUACCGCGCCAGCUUCAAGGACAUCCACGCCACCGGCGCCUCCAACAUGACCAUCACCAACGUCAGGUCGGACCUGGAGACGCACCAGUUCCAGCUGACGCUGUUCGGGCCGCACAUCAGCGCGCGCGCCCGCUACCGCUCCUCGGGCGUGCUGCUGCUGGUCCGCGCCUCUGGAGGCGGCGACUACUGGGGGGAAUACGACGGUGUGAAAGCGAAGGUGUACUUCAGAGGUUCCCCGUACGAGCGCGACGGCCGCACGUUCCUGAAGCUGGAGCAACUGAAACUGGACUUCAGCGUCAAGGACAUACAGAUGGGAGUCGAGAACUUGCACAACGGAAACGCUGUUCUACAAGCAGCCCUGAACCUGUUCAUCAACACGAACGCGCAGGAGUUGUUGAAGGAGAUGAAGCCGGACUUGAAGCGCGACCUGGCGGAGAAGAUGUCCCGCUUCCUGGAGCGCAUCCUCGACACCAUCCCUCUAGACGAGUGGAUCACUGACUAGAUUUAGGUCUUAGACCUAGGACGUUGGUCCACCGCAUGACGUCACCGUCACGUCGCGAGAAGCAGAUUAUUUCAGGCCGAGUUUAAUAUGACUUGACGACGACGUGACGGGUGUGCGGUGGACAAACGCUCUUAGCACCAGUUUCUCCAUACUCGGUUAGAUCAUAACAAGGGAUUAGUUGCUGACUUUUGACACAUCUGUCAAGAAUUUAAUGAGGAGAUGACGUAUAAUUAAUUGAUGACACUACAAUGUAACAGGGGUGUUAAUGAUCUAACAGACUAUGGUGAAACUACGCAUUAGACUAAGAAAGUACACUCACGAGGAAUAAAAAAGUUUCAGUGACAUAUGGAUAGGCAAUGACAGGUGGAAACUUUUCAUUGCUCGUGACUGUAUGAAGUACAUACGUAGGCAUUGUAAAAAGCUCGAAACUCAGUUCUCUGAAGGGUCUUGAGUUUAGCUAGAAAAGUUUAACAUAAUUCAUUGGUUAACCAUAAUUAGUCUAUGAUUAUAAGGCACGAGUUCCGAAGAAGAUUUUCAAGGCAGGGAUAAAAUUUAAGUAAAUUUCAUACAUAGUCUAAGGAUUAAAAAGGAAAGCUUACUUACUGCGUUUUGAGCUUUUUAUAAUUUAUUUUAAGUUAAAAGUUACUUAAAUGACUCCAGGUUGGGUUGCUAGCCUAAAAAUAAGCCUCAAUAAAACAAAAUGAAUAAGUUCCGCCAGAUUUUUCUCUGCUAACAAAGACAUUAAUUUAUUUAUUUGUAGGUUCAAAAUUGUACAACAUUAUAGUUAACGCCCAUUAGGUUUGGGUAACAAAUAUGUACAAUAAGUAUAAGACGACAUUGGUUUUUAAGUAGGUACUUAUUCUUUAGAAAGUUGUAGUUAUAAGUAUACUUUUUUGUAAAAUAUAUUUAUAAUUUUAUAAAAACAUACAAAAAAGUA